AUGCGAGACAUCGAUGAGAUAAAUGCAGAAGCAUUGAACGAGAAUGCAGCGAUCAAACAGGCGAUAUUAAUUGGUGAUUCUAACGUGCAGAAGUUUUAUGAUAACGCUAUAGUGUUCAUCACUGGCGGAUCAGGAUUCAUUGGCAAACAGCUGAUCGAAAAACUUCUAAGGUCAUGUAAUAUAAUGAAAAUUUAUAUUUUAUUACGAGUGAAGAAGAAUAAAACGAUUGAAGAGAGACUGAAGGCUCUUCUGGACGAUCCGGUGUAUGACGACCUUCAUAAGGAACAACCUAACUUUGUAUAUAAAAUAGUUCCAAUAGAAGGUGAUAGUGAGUGUCUGAAAUUGGGAAUUGAUGACGAGAAUUGGAAAACACUUGCCGAGGAGGUUAAUGUAAUAGUCCACGCCGCUGCUACGGUAAACUUUAAGGAAACAGUUAAAACGGCUACUUUAAUCAACGUACGGGGAGCAAGAGAAAUACUUAAAUUAGCAAAAAUUUGCAAAAACUUAAGAUCUCUAGUGCACUUGUCAACAGCUUACUCGCACGCUACGAGAAGUCGCGUCGGAAAAAUGGUUGAAGAAGAUUUCUACGGAAGUCCAAUAUCACCAGACAUCUUGAUAGAACUGGCUGAGACCAUGGACAAGGAGCCUCUCGCCGCUAUGAUAGCUCCGUAA